AUGGAAUGGCGCAACAUAAUCAUAGCUGCUGUAUUUCAACUCAUUUUUGCCACCCUUGUCAUCUUGACCACUGCUCUAGAAAGCAAUGCGAACAAACCUGAUCUGCAUCCACUUAUUUCCUUGGCGGGGAAAGAUAAUACAACAGUGAAACUCAUCAGAGUAGCGUGGAUCUCAAACCCUCCAUACACAUAUUUACCUUCGAACGAUUCUACCAUUUACGAAGUUUUUCAUGGAUUAAUACAAGAAACUUUAAUGCGUUACGCGAUGGUGGAAUGUGGUGUGCUUUACGCUCAUCCCGUUAUAUACCACUUUAAAAUGUUUCAAGUUCACAGAGAGGAAACGUUGAUAGAUAUGAUGAGAAAAAAUGAGGUGGAUUUGGCUUGUCCUGUGCUCGAGCAACAGCAUUCUCGGAAAUACGGUGAAUUUCUUUUUUUCAAAGUCAGUGACUAUCCAGGAACGGACUUUAUUCGUGAUGAUUUUGAAACCAAUGCUUUCGCUGUCGUCGUUCAGUCGAUACAAAAAUCUUGGCCUUUGUUGGCCAUAACUUUGAAUCUCACGGCCAUUGCUGGGAUCAUUAUGUGGAUUCUGGACACAUACUGGAACAAAGAUGAGUUUCCACGAAAGUUCAUUCAAGGGUCUUGGCAAGGAUUCUGGUGGUCGUUCGUCUCUGUCACCACUGUAGGAUACGGUGACAAAGUUCCAAAGUCCAUUCCAGCACGACUUUUCUCCACUUUAUGGAUCCUUAUUGGAAUGAUCUUUAUGACAAUUUUUUCGGCUCACAUCACGUCCUCUCUCACGGCUCUUUCACUGGAUCUGGAACCAACCAGUCUCGCAGGUGUUAAGGUUGCGGUGCUGGGCAAUGGAACUGAAUACCAACAUGCACUUGAGCAAAAUGCUCACCCGAAAGUUUACGAAAAAAUAGACGAAAUCAUCAAGGCUGUCAAAACAAAGGAAGUAGAAGGAAUUUUCUUGGAUCGCUACACUGCUUCCUAUCACCACUCCAGAGGUGAACUGGAGUCUCUUAUCUCUCUCAAGAGCUUGGAUCUCUCCAGGGAGAUCGGAGUGCUUUUUUCGGAGGACAACAGGGAACUAGCGCGUUGCUUGGAGUUUUAUCGUCCAAAUAUCAUGAUGCUGACUCAAACUGUCACUUCUUCUUACAAGCUGAUGGAACAAAAGCGAACAAGGAAAGUCAAUUUGUUCGACACGUCUUCCUCAUUUCUUAGUGUUUUCAUGUACACAACCCUCGGCAUACUUACUGGUUUGCUUAUGACUGGGACACUCUGGCAAAUUCUCAGAAAUAACUGCAAGACUGAAAUCAAUAAUAACAUUAUUUCAGAGCCAGUGAAGGAAUGGAAGCUAAGAAGAAGCGAAGCCAUCCAAGAAGACUUGGAAACAGCAAAAAGAAUGCUAUCCCAAAUCCAAAAGCACUUCGAGAAACUCGAAGCUGAAGUUCUCAGAAUAUGACUGACGUCACUACAAAUCAUAUUUAUAAUGUAUAUACAUACACUAACACACUAACAUAAGUCUGUCGAUGUAUUGGCACAAGUUCCCAGGAUGGGCCUUUUUUAAAAUAAGAUGGGUAACCGAGAUGGUCCUGGUAGCGGGACGAGUUUCUUAUGCUUCUAAUAUGGGACAUUUCAACUUGGUAACCAAUGUGCAACGAACAAUACACGAUCUUUUAAGCUUCACUUGGGUUUCCGUGAUCUUUGUCAUG